GCCAGGCAGGACGCGCCGGAAGCCGGAAGUACCAUCAGCACCGGAAGCUCCGGAAGGCGGAAGUGCCGGCGGGGCGCGAUGGCGGCGGCGGUGUCGGCCCUCAGCAGCCUCGGCGUGCCCGAGGCCGAUGUUGGGAGCGAGGAGGAAGAGGAGGAGGAGGAGGCCGAGCCCGGCCCGGCCGCGGCGGCGGCGGCGGAGCAGAGACGGGAGGAGCGGCUGCGCCGGUUCCGCGAGCUCCACAUGAAGCGGUACGAGGCCUGCAAGCUGAACAGCCAGGAGGUGGUGGAGGAGGACAAGAGGCUGAAGUUGCCCCCGAACUGGGAGGCUAAAAAGGCUCGGCUGGAGUGGGAGCUGCAGGUGCAGGAGAAGAAGAAGGAGUGCGCUGCCAGGGGCGAGGACUACGAGCGCGUGAAGCUGCUGCAGGUGAGCGCCGAGGACGCCGAGCGCUGGGAGAGGAAGAGGAAGAGGAAGAACCCCGACCUGGGAUUCUCAGACUACGCGGCGGCGCAGCUGCGCCAGUACCAGCGGCUGACGCGGCAGAUCAAGCCCGACCUGGAGCAGUACGAGCGCCUCAAGGAGCAGUGCGGGGAGGCCCUGUACCCCACCUCGGACAGCCUCCUGCACGGCACCCACGUGCCCUCCAAGGAGGGCGUGGACAGGAUGGUGGCAGACCUGGAGAAGCAGAUCGAGAAGAGGGAGAAGUACAGCCGCAGGCGGCCCUACAACGACGACGCCGACAUCGACUACAUCAACGAGAGGAACGCCAAGUUCAACCAGAAGGCAGAGAGGUUCUACGGGAAAUACACGGCUGAGAUCAAACAGAACCUGGAGAGGGGCACGGCCGUGUGAGCCUGCCUGGCACAGCUCAGCUCAAACUGAGCCUGGGCCCUGUGAGCCCGCCUGGCACAGCUCACACAGAGCCUGGCACAGCUCAGCUCAAACUGAGCCUGGGCCCUGUGAGCGUUCCUGCCCCUGCUCACUCCUGGCUCCUCUGUUGCCGUUUUCUGUUUUAAAUUGUAUCAAAAGUAGAUUGUAGCAGUUGCUCUCUCGGCUCGGUGUUUAGCCUGCUGAACCAUUUGCAGAAUUCAGCUGUAAAUAGCUUUGGCUGCAGGAGGAGCCAGGUUCUGCCUUCUGUGCUCUGAAUAAACUCUUUGGUCUAAUUUGGGA